AUGGCUACGGCGGCUCUGAGUGCACUUGGCUACGCUGGAUUUGGUUUCCUUGCGCGUUGUUAUGCUCUAGGUAUUCAGAAGCGCAAUAUUUUUGACAACUUUGCUGGCCACGUUAUGUUCGCCAGCGGUUUCGGCUUGAUUGGAUACUGGCUUCACGGUGUGAGGGAGUCGCAAGAACGUCUACUUCAGCAGAAGAAGGAGCAGCUUGAGGAAAAGCGCCAGGCAUAA